AACACAGGCACCGACUCAGCCCCCAACGACUUCACCUCUCUCUCACUGUCAUCCCCAGGUGAUCAGCUUGAAAUUGACCUAAACCAGCAACUCAGGCCCCUCAUCCCCAACAGUGACAUGAGAAGGCUGAUUGCUCAUGUUAUGAGGAGAUUAAGAACGGACUGCUCUGAGAUCCGCAUGCAAGUGGCCUGUGCCAAGCUCAUCUCCAGGAUGGGGCUCCUGGUAAAGCUGCUCAGUGAGCAGCAAAAAGUCAGUGUGUCCAAGGCCCAAUGGAAUGCGGAGCCCGGGGAAAGUGAGGAUUAUACCAAUGAGAGCACAGCAGAGAAGGUUGAAGGGAAAGGUGAAAAGAAAUAUGAAGAGAAGCAGGAGUCAAGACAGUUCCCCAAAGUUCCACAACUUCACUAUCACAGACUGAUCUUGCUGUUACCUGUGAUGGGAGGAGUGGUGAUGAUUUCAAUGGUAAUUUUCUGUCUGAUUAAGGUAAGGAUAACAAUGGAUUACAGUUUCCUGAAUGCAUCCUGUCUUUGUAGUAGAUUCAGAACCCAUGAACUGAGAGUCCAGGC